AUCAAGCUCGCAUAAGAAUACUAACCGACAGACUUCCAACAUGAAGACCACCAGAAGAUCAUAAGUCAUACAAUUCCCGCGCAGUUCCUUCCUCCAUCCUCACCGAACACCCGACCUUCACGAUUCUCCCCGCGCCAACUCCACAUAUACACCAACAAACAUGACCCAACUCACCCACGAAGCCUCAGACGCCCAAUCCAUAAAAUCUCUCAUAAGCACCUUCUUCGACGCAAUCAACAACGUCGACAUCAAAGCUUUGGAGAACUGCUUCACAGACGAAAACGCGAACCUCGUAAUCCUCCGACAAGAUCCUCCACGCCAACCCUCCGCUUCAAAUUACCCGCAAUACAGAUCCGUGCCGACGACCAAAGAAAAAGAUGGAAAAGGCGAAGAGAAAAUCGAAGUCGUGAUUAGGACGAGCAUUGAGAAGUUUAUCUCCUUAAUCCGCGACGGCGAAAAGCGAAGAAGAGGGCAACCGCACCAACCAAUCUUACACGAAUCCCCGGAUUUGGACGGCACGGAUAUGAGGAUUGAUAAAUUUUUUGCACAGGUCUGGUCGCCGUUUAAGGUUACUUUUGAUGGGGUUUUACAUCAUUAUGGGAGUUUGGCGUAUACUGUUGUGAAAGUUGGGGGGAAGGAGUGGAAGAUUGAGGGGUUGACGCAGAAUUAUCGGAGGACGCCGGGGUGGGAGGUGCCGGGUGAGGGAGGGGGUGGGAAGUUGUGAGAGGGAAAGAGGGGGAUAUUUAUUGAAAUGAGGAGGUUGGGGGGAUGUGUUGGCUUGAAGGGAUUAUGAACUUCAGGCCGUUGUUGUCAUUGUCGAUGGAAGUUAGUUAUGCAAUGACAGUUUUGCAGGAUG